AUGUUCCAACACGAAUGUGUGUAUCAUGUGUGUGUACACACCUUUUGGGUUUGCCUUAUACAUUCCCAGAGAGAGAGCGAGAGAGAGAGAGUUCCUAUUGCCACAAAGAGAGAGAGUUCCUACUUCUUGAUUGAUUUAAAUGGGAACACUCAAUAUAUCAGCAGCUCAUUCAGUUAGGGUGCGUGUUUUAAUUCCGAUUCUUACCACAUCUAGACGCUCUUUCUUCAAACCUCCCAUAACCCCAACCUUCAAACCCAUGUUCGCCGCUAAAGUGCAUGCUUCUUCAACAGCCUUCAUUGAAACCAAGCCGGUUUCUGUAAUAGAGGAGAAGGAGGUCAACAACCACAAAAACAUGUUGGCUUGUCCCAUUUGUUAUGACCCAAUGAUUUGGAAUAGUGAUCCAGGACUAUCUAUGGAUUCUACACCUCAGUCUAGUUUACAAUGCAACACCUGUAAGAAGGCUUACUUUGGCAAUGCCACUCAUCUUGACUUAACGGUAUCUAGUGGGGCCAAGGAGUAUGGUGAAUAUAGGCCCUUAUCCACAGAGUUAUUCAGGCUUCCUUUGGUAUCAUUUCUCUAUGAGAGGGGCUGGCGACAAAGUUUUUCUACAUUGGCUGGUUUUCCAGGCCUGGAGAGAGAGUUUGAAAUGAUUAAAGAUUUCAUUAAGCCAGUCUUAGGUGGAAACAUUGUUGAUGCCAGCUGUGGUAGUGGGUUGUUUUCUAGACUUUUUGCCAAGAGUGGAUUAUUUUCUCUCGUCAUUGCUUUGGACUUCUCAGAGACCAUGCUGAAGCAGUGCUAUGAAUUUAUAGAGCAAGAGGAGAACUUUCCAAGAGAGAACUUAUGCUUGGUUAGAGCAGACAUCUCUAGACUACCAUUCGCUUCAAGUUCCGUAGAUGCUGUCCAUGCCGGUGCUGCUUUGCACUGUUGGCCUUCACCAUCAGCAGCUGUAGCUGAAAUUAGUCGAGUUCUUCGACCUGGAGGAGUGUUUGUUGCUACUACCUUCAUACUGGAUGGUCCUUUUGGACUGCUCCCCUUAUUGAGGCCUCUGCGCGGGAAUAUAGGGCAAAUUGCAGGCAACCACAUCUUCUUAGCUGAUGGUGAACUCGAAGAACUCUGCAGAGCCUGUGGGCUUGUGGGUUUCACAUGUGUGAGAAAUAGGAGAUUUGUGAUGAUCUCUGCCAGGAAACCUAGCUAAAUAUUCAUUUCUGUGUCGAUACCGAACUUGCUUCUCAAUCUGUUUUAUAAACAAGCACAUUUGGUUUUCUGUUAUGGUGGCUUUGUCAUCAAAGCUUGUAUUUGUUAUUACUUGGGCGACUGUAAAAUUGUGAAGGGGUUAUGCCAUGCUAAUAAAUUAAAACAUUUGUGAUGAAUUAAUUUGAAGAAAAAUCUAAAAUGUCACUGAAAUGUUAAAAAGAGGGGGAAAAGCUCGUGUAUUGCAGCUCUUUUGACAAUGUUAAGAGGAGUCUUCUCCAAGGGUUCCAACUGAAUGAAAGAAAUUUACAAGUUUUUGGUUUGGGUUCAA